AUCUUCUCUUGUUACAUGAAUUCUCUCUGUUAAUUGUGAUUCUUUACUCAACUUUUUUUAAAAAAAUUCUUUUUUCUCUUUUCUAAAUGUUCCAUCAACAUGAGAAUUGAACAGUUUCAAUUGAAAGUUCAGUGAUUAUCUUUGGUGUUUUUCUCAGAAAAUCUGGUUACUUGUGGAAAUGAACAACAAACAACAACCAGAAAACUGAACAAGACUCAAUAAGAAAACGACAACAUCCCAACUUACCACAGACACUCCCGAGUACAAGUUAUAGAUUAAAGAGAAACCUUCAACUCUAAGAUUUUAAUAUAUUCUGUAAUUGGAUAAUGUUACCUAAUAACUGAUGAUCUUUUCUCCUUUGGUCUUGGAAUGAUCUCAACAAAGAAAAACAAUUCUAAUUGUGGAUUAGUCUAAUCUACUGAGAAACAAUAUUAGUUGACUAUUUAUCUCUCACCUCAUCUAAAUCUUGUUUAGUUUUUGUGUUAAUUGAAGUGUUAAUCAUAAUCACCAUCAUCAUGGCUCGAUUCAAGUCCAUUUCGAGAUUGAAACGAGCUCUCAUGGGAAAGAAACACCGAAAAUCGGAUACAAUCGAUGGAGGUGAUGAAGAGAAGGAGAAAAUUGUUGUUGAUGAAUUUCAAAAUAAUUCUCCAAUCGAUAUUGAUAAUCCGGAUGAGAACAUUUUCUAUAGUCAAGGAUCGAAUGGGACAACAAUUAAUCGGCCAAUCAAUUCACUAUUACGUUCAUUUAGACGUAAAAUUGAUGGUAGAAAGAGAAAUAAAAACAUUGAACCAAAUAUCGAUUCACCUUCGACUAUUGUGACCUCACCAUUGUUCAUGGAUCAAAGUUCAUCAAAAUGUGACAAGUUGAUUAUCGAUAAACCGAUAAUUAAAGUACCUGAGAAUUUACUUGACUUUAGUCCGGACAUUGACUUGGAGAUUCCCUAUGUAGAUGAAGAUGAUGAUGAUUCUGAUGAUGAGGAAGAUGGAGAUAUGGUUGAUGGUUUGGUUGCAAUUAAACGGUCUCCCUUAUUGAAGAGAAACUAUCAGCCAUCUCCACCAAAAGUAUCCCCUCCACCUCCACCUCCAUCAAGUAAUUAUCAUCAUCAUCAUCAUCAUCCGUCAUCUUUACAACCAUCUAAUCUGUCAAAUAGAUUUAAUUCUGAUUUUGGCUAUGAACUAAUCAAUUUAUCUAAAUGUGGUUGGUACUGGGGACCAAUUAGUCGCAGUGAAGCGGAUUACCGAUUAUCCAAUGCUGGUGAUGGCUCAUUUCUGGUCAGGGAUUCAUCGGAUGACCAUCACUUGUUGAGCUUAAGUUUCAGAUCCAAUGGACGGACAUAUCAUACUCGAGUUGAACACAAUAAUGGACUUUUUAGUUUCACCUCGCAACCUUUACUUCCUGCCGCUUAUCCGAGUGUCAUCAUGCUCAUCAAUGAAUCCAUGAAAAAAUCUAAAUCCGGUGUUUUCUGUUAUUCUUGUGGACGAUCACCAAAUAAUCAGAAAGUUCCCGUUCGACUGAUUAAACCUGUAUCUCGAUUUAAUCAGAUUCCAUCUUUACAAUUUUUAUGUCGAUUUGUUAUCAGAAUUUUUAACUUACCCAAACUGCCACCAACUCCUAGUUUAAGAUAUUUUCUUAAUCAAAGUCAUUACCAAUAA